AUGGGAACUCAAAAUGAAUUAAGCUAUAAUGAUAAUUUGGAUCAUUUGUCUUCCAAUCUAACGACAAAUUUUUCUUCGGGUUUGGUUAAAAUGAGCGCGUCGAAUAAAGUAUUAGAUAAAGAAUAUUUAAGGAUAUCAAAUAAUUUUGAUGUUAUGGAAUUGGAGUUAAUGGCAAUCUUUAUAGAAUUGAGAAUUGAUGUGGUCUACAAGGACAAUUUGGAAUAUUCAAUCUAUAGCUUUGUGGAAAUUGGGAAUGACAUGGCGGAUGCGUUAAGUAAAAUGUCCCUCGAAAAUAAUGAUAAUUCAGAAAUAUUUAUUAGUAUAAACGAUGAAACGGGAAACAGGAAUUGCUCUUUAAUUCCUUGUUAUAAUGUUAAUGAGAAAGUUAAACAAAAGUUUGUCAAAGAUACUUUGGAUAGAUGGGUAGGUUAUCAUUUAAAGACGGGAAAUAAUAUUAAGGAAAUAUGUACGAUGUUAGAUUUAUCGGAUUUAUGGAAUUAUCAUAAUUUAGUUGUAUUUAGAAGUUCUAGGGAAGAAUAUUCUAUAUUAGAUUAG